AUGCUUAUCCCAACUACACUUUACCCAACCGACCAUAAAUGUGGUGGAAAAUAAAUUGAGCUCCACCUAAAGCAAACCCAUAAACGAAAACCCACCGCCCUAGCUUACAUUACCAAGAGGACCGACCACUCACCGCCACCACCUCCUCCUCCUCUAACCUUCUUCUUCAUCGGCUCUCUCCUUCUCUUUUGUGUUCUGGUUCGUUACUUCUAUUCUGUUUUUGGCCGUCACAUCCGUCACCGUCGACAUUGUAUUGGGCCGACAUAGCCGUCACCGUCGCUGUUAAAUGGCGACGGGGUGGGUGAAGUCACUGCACUGCAAGUCUAACGCCGUGGAAGAUGUCGUCUACUCGCCGACGCGGUCAUCUUCGUCUUCUUCUUCUGCUAAGAAGCCGCUGCUCUCCUCCGUUUCCUGCAGUAGCGCAUCUCACACCGUUAAAGACGUCAUCUUGCUGGCCCCUAACUACCCUUCCUGCUCCUCCUCGAUUCCGAAGAAGCCCCGGCACAACACGAGGCCCAAAUCCAAGCACAAACCAAGAACACCCCGUCCGUGGGCGUCGCCGCCGUCGGUGUCUGCGUCCGAGCUAGUGGGGCCCGCCCGCGCGGAGCCCAUCCCCACGCUAACGGAGCUGCCGGCAGGCCACUCGUCGCGGCGGGUCGUGGAGAUCAUCUUCAGCUCGAGCUGGUGCUCCUCCGGGGCAGGCGGAGUCGACGGCUCGGCGGCGGCGUUCCCGAGCGAGAUCGAGAUGCUGUUCCGGGUCCACAACCCGGCCCGGACGGUGGCGCGGUUCGAGGAGCACCGGGCGUCGGUUCGCGCCCGGGCCGACGACGCGCGCUGCGCCGCCGACGGGAACGAGAUGAUGCGGUUCCACAGCGGCCGCGCAGGCGGCGUGGUCUACGACGCGGGGGUGGCGCGCAGCGCGGUGUGGUCGGCGGGGAGGAAGGUGGAGGGGGUGCGGACCUUCGCGGGCAGCGGCGGGGCGCACGCGAGCGGGGGCGGCGGGGCCGGGCGGAGGGGGAUGCUGGUGUGUCGGGUCAUCGCGGGCCGAGUCAGAGGAGAGUCAGACCCCGAGCGGGAGGCCGAUUCGGUGAGCCUGGGGAACGGGGAGCUCCUGGUAUUUGAUCCCAGGGCAGUCCUCCCCUGCUUCCUUAUCAUCUAUAAGCUCUAAACGUAAGCUCCCAUCAUUAUUUCCACCCAUCAUAUCGUCGUAAUCUCCUUAUCAUUUCUUGUGGAAUGUGGAAUGCUUCGUUGAUGUAAACUUUCAUAUGGAUAUAUAAUAUUUUCUCCUUUAUUGUUCGUUA